AUUCCGCAACACCCCCGGAUUGCCUUGUCAGUGGUAGCGUGGCUGAAUUGCCAACUCCUGCAUUGCGUCGCUUUUUAAGCCUUUUGCCUUUUUUUUUUGCCUCUCUUCCAAUAUAAUAUAUCAAUUGCAAGGAUUGAGCCCGUCUGCGUCCCCGCGCCUCUCGCUUCACCGAUAAACAACCUAAAAUCCGGGGAGAGCUAAUUUACCGUCACAAUGUGGACUCCUCGCCGUUUUACCGCUUCCGCGAUCACGCGCAUAGCCAAUCAGACACGCAUCGCAUCGGCGCAUCCUAACGUUGCUGUUUAUUCCCGUUCUCGCUUUUAUUCUAGUGCUCCGGCAAAUGGCUCGCUGCCGUUGCAGGGCUACCGUGUCUUGGAUAUGACCCGCGUUUUGGCCGGUCCGUAUUGCACGCAAAUUCUUGGUGAUUUGGGAGCUGAAGUCAUCAAAAUCGAACAUCCUGUCAGAGGUGAUGACACCAGAGCCUGGGGACCUCCUUAUGCCAAGUAUACAGAGGAGUCGUCAAAGUCUGGCCCUGGUGAAGCGGCCUACUUCCUCGGUGCGAAUAGAAACAAAAAGUCCCUUGGCCUAUCUUUCCAGCAAAAGGAAGGUGUUGAGAUUCUACACAAGCUGGUCGCCAAGUGUGAUAUCCUGGUUGAAAACUACCUCCCUGGCACCUUGAAGAAGUACAAGAUGGACUAUGAGACACUAAAAAAGAUUAACCCUAGCUUGAUCUACGCAUCCAUUACAGGAUAUGGACAAACCGGUCCCUAUUCAAGCCGUGCUGGAUACGACGUCAUGGUCGAAGCCGAAUUUGGUCUUAUGCACAUUACCGGCUCCCGGGACGGCCCGCCAGUCAAGGUUGGUGUUGCCGUGACUGACCUUACUACCGGCCUCUACGCAAGCAACAGCAUCAUGGCUGCUCUUCUAGGAAGAGCUAAAAAUGGCAAGGGACAGCAUAUUGAUGUAGCCCUAAGUGACUGUCAGACAGCUACUCUGGCCAACAUUGCUAGCAGCUGCUUGAUCAGUGGCAAGCGUGAUACUGGACGAUGGGGCACUGCUCACCCCUCUAUUGUUCCAUACAAAUCCUUCAAGACAAAGGACGGAGAUAUCCUCUUUGGAGGUGGCAACGAUCGCCUGUUUGGCGUCUUGUGCGAUGGCCUAGGCGAACCCUCAUGGAAGGACGAGCCCAAGUACAAAACCAAUGCGGACCGUGUUGCAAACCGUGUUGAACUUGAAGCCAAGAUUGAGAGCGUCUCGCAGCAAAAGACGACAGCAGAGUGGCUCCAAGUCUUUGACGGGUCAGGCAUGCCCUACGCUGCCGUCAACGACGUGCAAGACACACUAAACCAUGAGCACACCAAGGCCCGUAACAUGGUUGUGGAGGUUGAGCAUGAGGAGUGUGGCCCCAUCAAGCUCGUCAACACUCCCAUUAAAUUCUCCGACGCGAACCCUGGUGUGCGCACCGCUCCUCCCACCCUCGGCCAGCACACAAACGAGGUUCUCGCUGAAAUUGGCAUGUCUGACAAAGACAUUGCAACGUUGAAGAAGCAGGGUAUAGUGAGCUAGACUUGGAAACUUUGAAGCUUAAAAGUAUUUAUAAGACGCUGAUAAUGUAGAGAAUGGAUUCAUAAUACUAGUUGCACCAUCGCCCAACGAGGAUGGCGGCUUUCAUCUCCUCCGUGCCACUGCCAUUUGAAGGAUAAAAUAGUUAUAUAAAUACUCAUAAAUAUUUCCAG